AUGGGUCACAUAAAGCGCAGAAUCGAUUUCUCACGCUCAACAACAGGUUUCGCUUUCGAUUUCGGUCUGAUUUUGGGGGCUCGAUGUGGGGAUGCAACCAAAAUAAAUCCGAAGAGAAAAAUCUUUUUGGUCCUGGUUUUAAGCCUUUUGGCCAUCGCCUGCCUGGCGGAUGUUUCCCAUGUGAAACACCACAAACACCAGCGGCAUCACCACUCAAGGGAUCACGAGGAUAACGAUGUGGAGCAUUCUCAGGAGGAAAAGGAGGAGCAACCGUACUACAAGAAGGAGAAGCAUACUAGUGAAGUGGUUUACCACAAGGAGGAUGAUCACGAGGAGCCACAACACCCCAAGGAGUACAAGGAGCACCACCAUGAGGAACCAAAGAAACAGAGAGUGGAUCACUACCAUCACUAUGAUAAGAAGCCCGAGGUGAAGACCGAGCACAUCCACUACAAGCACAGCAAACCCCAUGUUCGUACGGAUUACAAUCGUGAUUUGUUUACGCCGGCUGCUACUCAAGUGGUUUAUCGUCGCCGUCGUCCAAGCCGGAUUCUUUACGCCAGUGCCCCCAACUCGGUGUUCCACACUCACACUCAGAUCAAUGUGCAGUCCCAGGACUCGGAGUUGAACUCCCUAUCUCGCCCGGAUUUGGCGCCAGGAGCACAGGAUCCUGCUGGAGCCCAAGCGCCGACUGGUGCUCAGGCUCCCACUGGUGCAGGUUUUCGACCCAACUGCCAGUUCAUUGGACCCGGAAACGUUGCACCUGGCUGUGGACCCUCUGAUCCAUUAGGAGCCCAGCUUGCCGCUGGUGCUUUGGCCCCCACGGGAGCUAAUCUUCCAGCCAGUCAACCUGCUCCCAUUCCUGGUGGCCAAUUGGCCGUUCUGGGUAAUGGCCAGCGUCCAACUACGGGACCAGGAUAUGGAGGCUAUGGAGGAUAUGGAGGGGGCAAAAGACUCAACUUCUUUGUGGAUCCCUCUUUGGGUGCUCAACUGGGAGCCAUUGGAAAUGCCGCAGCUGGAGGUCAACAGGCUGCCGGCGGAGGUCAACUUGCGGGAGGAGCUCAGCUUGGAGCUGGUCAAGGAUUCGACCCCUCGUUCGGCGCCCAAGCAGCUGCAGGUGCCCCCUAUAACCCAUCCUUUGGAGGUGGCCAGGCACCGGUGGCUCAACGUCCUGUGGCUCAGGCUCCUCUGCAAAACCAAUUCAAUCCCAGCUUGCAGGUUGGAGGUCCUUUUGAUCCCGCUCUGGGCGCUCAACUAGGAGCUGCUCAGGGUGUUCCCAAUCAGAGACCACAAGGACAGGCACCUUUUGAUCCCGCUUUGGGAGCACAACUCGGAGCUGCUCAGGGUGUUCCCAACCAGCGACCCAAUCCAGGAGCUCAAUUGGCCGCUAAUCAGGGAGCUUUUGAUCCCAACCAGGGCCAGUUUGACCCAUCAGUGGGUGCCCAGUUGGCUGCGGGACAAGUACCACGCCUCAACCGACGUCCGCCCAAUCGAGCCAAUUACCAAGGCCUGAAUGUGCUCAAUGGCAACGUGUUUGGCCAACCGCAUCUUCAGGGACCCACAAAUGCCUUGGGAAACCAACAGGACACCAACAUCAUUGAUGGAAACUUCUACAGCGAUCCACAUCAUGGUCAUCAGCAGGCUUUGGUAUCGGUCAAUCCCAAUCAGCGUUCUGUUUUCCUAUCCGAUGACGAUGAUGCGGAUGACGAAGCUCAGCCAGGAUUCUUGGGAUUUGCUGCCAGUAACCGGCAGUCUUCAUAUGUGGUUGCUCCUAAGAAACAUCGAUCCCACAGGAGCAGUUCGAAGCGAAAGCAAGCGGACUUGGGAACUUCAGCCUCGGAGUACGAUACCGAUUACCGUGAAGAUGGCUAUCACUACAAGAAGCCCAAGCAUAGCUUCGAGUUUUAA